AUGAAGCAAGUGUUGGAGGGAUUGGAUUGGGUGAUUCGUACCCUCUAUACCACCACGGCGCUUGUGGUGAUUGAGCUCUUUUGCCCGAGUGGCCUAAUAGCAAGCGCCUCUGACUAUUCUCGAGUCGCCUUGAAGCAUCCAUCGUCUAGGGGUGCCAUUGGGCAUCCAGCCGAACGUGGGAUUCAACAAGCCAAACCUGGCUUUACAGCUCAUUUGGAAACGGAACCUUUAGACAUUGAUUCCAACAUUACAACUACACAACCCUUGAUUAAAACUGCAUACACCAGUCACUUUCCCUCCCUCCCGAUUCGGCUUCAUCCAUUUAACCCCGAUUCCUAG